CCGACGGAGGGGAAGUCUUUCGGACGGUAUCAACCUUAUGUUCUAGAAAAAAAACUCGAGGGUCAAGUUUAAAUAAGCGGUGGAAAACAGACUUCAUUCAUUUUCUGAAACAAACUCAGCAUAAGUAGUUCACUAAUACAAUUACGGUAUGCUUCGGACAGUGUGCCGGACUGGCGGUGCUCUAUUAAAGCACUCGAGGCGAACCAUCCCACCUCUGUGGACGGCUCCAGCCCAACAAAGAUGGGCGUCCACCCUGCCCAUGAACACCGUGGUGCUGUUUGUGCCCCAGCAAGAGGCCUGGGUGGUGGAGAGGAUGGGUAAAUUUCACCGCAUUUUGGAGCCGGGGUUGAAUUUCCUCAUUCCAUUACUGGACAGAAUUCGGUAUGUUCAGAGCCUGAAAGAGAUAGUCAUCGAUGUGCCCGAGCAGUCUGCGGUCUCUCUAGAUAACGUUACGCUACAGAUUGAUGGAGUCCUGUAUCUGAGAAUAUUGGACCCGUUUAAGGCAAGUUACGGGGUGGAGGACCCCGAAUACGCCGUUACCCAGCUGGCCCAGACCACCAUGCGGUCCGAGCUGGGGAAGCUCACCCUCGACAAAGUGUUCCGGGAGAGGGAGUCCCUCAACUCCAACAUAGUGCACUCCAUCAACCAGGCGUCCGACGAUUGGGGGAUCCGCUGCCUGCGCUACGAGAUCAAGGACAUCCACGUCCCGCCCCGCGUCAAGGAGUCCAUGCAGAUGCAGGUGGAGGCCGAGCGGAGAAAGAGAGCCACAGUCCUGGAGUCGGAGGGGAAGAGGGAGUCGGACAUCAACGUGGCGGAGGGCAGGAAGCAGGCGCAGAUCCUGGCCUCUGAAGGACAGAGGGCCGAGCAGAUCAACAAAGCGGCAGGUGAAGCCAAUGCUGUGUUAGCCAAAGCAGAUGCGAAAGCCCAGGCCAUCAAAGUGCUCUCUGAAGCUUUAGCGGAACAGAACGGGAACGCCUCUGCCUCCCUCAUCGUGGCUGAGCAGUACGUGGCCGCCUUCUCCGCCCUGGCCAAGGAGUCCAACACCAUCCUGCUGCCCUCCAACACCGGCGACAUCAGCAGCAUGGUCACGCAGGCCAUGAGCAUCUACGGCAGCCUGGCCAAGCAGUCGCGGACCCCGGUGGAGAGCGCCCCCGCUGGGGAGACGGUGCUGGAGGAUAAGGCCUCACCGGAGGCAGACCCACAGCAGCCCACCAGCUCUCAGUAGAGCCCGCCGUCCGGAGAUCCGGGGUGGGGCGGGUCGACAGACUCCUCCCCCUCCACCCACGGCCUUACGAGGGCACCACCCCUGCUCGGCUGCAGCCGGGCCACGAGAAAAAAUGUUCUCUGGACUCCCAGCCCUUACCACGGAGGAGGGGAGGGGCCAUGACCGGAGAAGGACAACAAAUUGGGAGAGCUUUACUGACAGCAGACACCAGAGCCACCCCCCCCCCCCCAUCAUUACUCUCUAGUUUUGCUUGCUUGUUUAUUUCUGUUAUUUAAUUUUGUUAUGGCGCAUAUCCACAUGUUCUCAGCACGAUGACUUCUGGCUUCCAUUUUGAGGCAGAUACUCUGAACGACAGGAAGUACCAUGGGGACAAUUAUCAGUGGUGCACACACGUGACAUUCACCAUUAUGCACUGAAUAGUGGUAGCGCAUGGGUUUCAUGUGCUAGAUUAAGGCAGUAAUGUAUCACCCUCUCAAAUAAUGCUAAUUUUUGUAUAUUUUCAGAUUUUAUCUGAGGAAUAAUGCCAUAGUUCAUACAGGUCUACGAUGUGGUGCCACUUCUCAGCUCCUUUAAAAAAGAAAACUUUAUCAACUCUGCAGGUGUUUUUGUAUGUUGAGCCAAUGCUUUCUCCAUGUCUCAUCUUAGGUGUUAUUCUGCUGUGUCAAUUAAAGACAAUGAAGUAACAUGUUCAGUAAUGGUAAAAAAGAUAUUUUACAAUUGUCUCUUAUGUUUAAUUUUGUUUUAAAUCUCUCAUUUAAAAAAUAAAUAAAAUUUGUGUGCAUCUUU